AUGGCGGACCCUCGCAAAGAUGAAGAGGAGACAACCAUUAAGGUCGCGUCAUCAAAAGACAAGGCCUCAGGAAAAGAGCGACAACUGUCGAUCGGCAUAAUAAAGCUCAAGAAGCCGACUCCAAAGCACAGCAAGUCAGGCAACUGGAAAGACGGAAGCACUCUCGACGAUGAGAAGAAGUCGAAAGCCGCCGCAAAUGCAGCAGCCGCCGCCGCAUCCGCAUCUGCGGCUUCGUCGCCCGGCCCGGUCAUCAACCCCCUCGACGAGGCAUCCCGCGAAGCCUUUGUAACCAGUCGCGCGAUCGAGGACGGACCGGACCUCCAGCAGUGCAAGCACUGCAAGAAGAGCGUGUCCAAGUCGGCGGCGAAGGAGCACAUCGCAGCGUGCCUGAAGAUUAAGAAGGAGAAGGCCCAGCGGAAGAAGGAAGCGCGGGAGGCGCGGGAGCGCGCGAGGGAGGCCGCAAGGGAGGAGGAGGCGCGCAAGGCCGAAAACGACGAGGCCGACGCACGCGGUGGCGGCGAGGACGAUAACAGCGAUGGCGAUGAUGACGGCGGCGGUGGGGAGAAGAAGGGCCAGCAGCAGCCCAAGAAGGCCGCGGGAAAGAAGGCCGACGGCACGGUGAGCGGUAAGAAGCGCAAGGCGGAUGGCGAGCCCGACAAGGCUCCCAAGCCUAAGAAAAAGAAGGACGAGCCGAAGGCGAAAACCGCCAAGCCAAAAGGUCCUGUGGAUGUGGAGCGGCAAUGCGGUGUUAUUCUGCCCAAUGGUCAACCUUGCGCGAGGUCUCUCACGUGCAAAAGCCAUAGUAUGGGGGCGAAGCGAGCUGUGCCCGGGAGGUCACUGCCGUAUGACAUGCUUUUGGCAGCCUACCAGAAGAAGAAUCAGGCGAAGCAACAAAAAGCAGCGAUCGACGCCAGUGCACCGCUGGAGGAGGAUGAUGAUCUGAAUGGAGGCGCCGUGGACUCGGACGAGGAGACGGCGGCCGUCAUGGGGGCACUCGCGCGCUGGAACCCGCAGCCCGCGCUGCCCCAGCCCACAUUCGCCCCGAUCAGGAGGCAGUACCAGCUCGCCCGGCUCCACGAGCAGCUGCAGAUGGCGACGAACGGCGGGCGGGUCAACAUCUUCCGGGUCGUUGGCUACGGCGCGCAGCGGCUUCCCGAGGGUCACGAGGGCCUCCUCGACACCGAGGACGCGCCGGGCGAGCCGGACCCGGGUGCGAUGGGGCCGUUCUCGCGGAGGUCGUCGGCCUACAGCGUCUCGGGAGUGCCACAGCAGCGGCAGCCGUCGGUGAGCAGCCGAGCUUAG